AUGCGAGUUCUCAAGUUCUUGUCUUUGAUGGCUAUGUUGGGGUGCACGAUAGGCCAAAGUGGCUCUGCUACACCAGGUUCGUUACACCUUCUCGGUGGACCGACCACGACUGACUGGUAUCCAGAGUGCGCUCUUCGCUGCUGGGAGAAUACGAAAUACGUCACCAAAUGCUCGGAAGAUCAGCAAUGUCUUUGCAGUGAUGUAAACUACCAAAACUCGGUUUUCCAAUGCAUAUACUCGCAGUGCGACACUGUUCACUUCGGAUCUGCUCUCCACCAUGCUAUCGCCCAGUGCCUUGGAACAGACAAUGAGGUCUUCUUCGCCAUCCCACCCAUCCCCGAUCGAGAUGCUCUACGCCGUCGCGAAGACGAAUACGCCGCGGGUGCGAAGCUGUUCGGGUCCGGGUCUGCCGCAGGAUAUCCCACAGAAAGUGCAGCCUUCCCGGUACAAAGCGCCAACUAUCCCACCGACAGUGUUGGUGGUCCAUACUCCCCGAGCCCGACUGCCUCAGUGCCUUUCCCAUACUUCUCACUCACCUCAGUCACCUCUCCCGCAGCCAAAUCUGCUACAACUACUGAGGCGACCCGCAACACUGUUCCUGCCUCGACCACGGCUCCUUCGCCCUCACCACAGCUCUACACGGGCAACGCAUCCACGUCAAGAGCCACCGUCUCUCUCACUGUUGUGCUCACGGUGGCAGCGGUCUACCUCGUUCUCUAA